CGUGUUGCAAACUGCAUUAGCAAGUGCAUACGGCGUAAACAUUUUUGGUAGCAGAGCGUGGUUUUUUCGGUCUCAACGGGAGGCUCGGUGAGCGUGGUGCAUGGGCAAUUUUAUUAAAUAUUUAUUAUAUAUAGAUACGUUCUAUCCACAGUCUCGAUUUGUAGGCCGUUAGUGCGAUUAUCCUGGUAUCAAAUCUUAUCGGUAUUAACUUUAAUUGUCCUAUUUAAUUUAUCUCCGUAUUAUUAUUAUAUUAACUCAGUACAGUAUAUUUUAUCUUGGUGAUUAUGGGGAACGAUGAGCAGCAGCGGGUAGAGCGGUGGGUCCGAUCGAAAUUAUUCGCCGAGGCAAAGCGGAGGGCCGCGAUAUCCGCUAUUCGAGCGAUACAUGCAUUAGCUUUACGCGCGGUCAAUGAACCCGAUUUAGUUUCGGAAUUUUUAAUAGCAGCAUCUGAUUUGGAAGGUCACUGGGCUCAAUUUAAAUCAGAAGAUGAGUCUGUCUUAGAGCAUUUAAUUAAUCUCGAUAAGUCUGAUGACUAUUCGGCGGAUUUGCCGACCGAAGUACGUGGUCUAAUUAUUGCAGCGCGUUCGGUCGCGGACAGGCUGACCCCGAAGGGGGCGGACGCAAUCGACUUAUCAUACUUAAAAAAUAAUUUACCGUCAUCCGAUGUUCCAAUUAACCAACCUGUUCCGAUGAAACAAUUCUCUCGGCUUCCCGACAUUCCGUUGCCCCAGUUCGACGGUGACUAUCGGUAUUGGUCGACCUUUUGUGACGCCUUUGAUGCGUUGGUUGAAAAUAGGCCCAAUAUAUGUGACGUUGAUAAAUUACAUUAUUUAAUGGGGUGCUUAAAAGGCCGUGCGGCAGAUGCCGUAAGAGGGAUACCGUUGUCUGCUCAAAAUUAUUCAUUAGUGCGAUCUACGCUGGCGGAGCGGUUUUAUCGUCCGCGAUUAGUGGCUAUGUCUUUGGUGGACCAGUUAUUAGGCACCUCACCCAUUAAACAGGAGUCCCUGUCCGAAUUAAAUAACUUUAUGUGUUCAUUCACUGAAAAUAUGUCGUUGCUUAAUGCGCUAAACAUUCCGGAUUUGCAUUCGUUUAUUUUAUUUUCGGUUGCUUUUCGUUGUUUACCGGUUUCAACCCGUAAAUUGUUUGAAACAAGCACUAUAUCCGAUUAUCCGACAAUUGACGAGCUUAUGAAGUUUAUACGAAAUCGCGUAGCUGUAUUGGAGAUAGUAGGCGAACCCCGUGAGUAUAGCCCAUCCACCGCGCAACCUAAAUCGACGUCACAAUCGAGUCCAUUUUUAAAGGGAGCACAUAGAUCCGGGAAACCAAAGUUGUUCUCCCACCCCACCACGUUAGUCGCAACCAAGCUGUCUAAUCCCACAAGUAAUAUUUGUCCUUGUUGUAAUGGCACGCACGGUUUGGACACUUGUACUAGAUUUAAGUCUUGGGCUGUUGACGAUCGCGCUCGUUGGACACGUGAGCAUAAAUUGUGUUUUAAUUGUUUUAAUACAGGUCAUUGGGCUCCUAAGUGUGCCUCUAAGUCGCGUUGUCAAGACUGCUCUCGGAGGCACCACAACCUCCUUCACCCACCUGGAAAUAUUUCUCAAAGGAAUGGUGAAGCAUCGCCAUCGGAUGUAGUAUUAUGCGCGUCGGCACCACCGCCAACAGUGUGCAAAGCUGCUUCGGUAUUGUUAGGAACGGCGUUGAUUCAUGUUCGAGAUAGGGCGGGUUCAUGGCAGACCUUACGCGCACUAGUUGAUUGCGCGUCGCAAAUUAGUGUAAUAACCGCCGCAUGCGUCGAUCGGUUGGGACUUAGGCGCGAACGUUGGACAACACCCGUGACAGGUCUUUCUGGUGUUUCAAUUAUGGAUGUCCAGGGCCGGGUAGAUUGUGUGAUACAGCCGCGAUAUUCCAACGAGCCCAUGUUGUCAGUGCAAGCUUGGGUGCUGCCAUCCAUCACUAGUGAUCUCCCUAGGAAUACUUUACCGGUGGAUAUAAGAGAUCGAUUCUCAAAUCUAGCGUUGGCCGAUCCGUCGUUCCACAUUACUGCUCCGAUUGAUUUGCUGUUAGGAGGAGAUGUGUAUGCUACUAUAAUGGACGGGCGCAAAAUCACUGUCGAAAAAAAUCUUCCGGUUGCCUUUAGUUCAAUUUUCGGGUGGAUUUUAAUGGGUUCUAUUUCCGAUGGCAAAUUAGAACCACUUUAUUCGUUGCCAGUGUCCCUUACCGUUUCCCUAGAGGGACUCAUGUAUCGGUUUUGGGAAGUCGAAGAGCCUGAGGUUGCUCCGGAGGCCUUCACCGAUAAUGGGCGAUGUGAACAAAUUUUCCGGGACAAACACGUGCGUUUACCAUCGGGCCGUUUCGCCGUACCAUUACCUUUCCGUGCACCCGUCUCAGACGAUACAUUUGCUAGAUCCCGUGAGACAGCAUUAAAACGGUUCGAAUCAUUAGAACGAAAGUUAGCCACCGAUUCUAAACUCAAAUCGUUGUAUAAAGAUUUUAUGGCUGAGUAUCUCGCCUUAGGUCACAUGUCGGUUGCAAAAACUCCCGGGCAGUAUUAUAUUCCUCAUCACGCAAUAUGUAAAAAUGUAGGUGAAGAUACUAAAAUUAGAGUAGUCUUUGACGCAUCUGCGAAGGAUCAUUCCGGAAUGUCAUUGAAUCGUGCAUUGCUUCCUGGACCAAAGCUACAGCGUGACAUAGUUGAUAUUCUUAUUCGUUUUCGUUUAUUUCGCCACGCGUUCACGGCUGACAUUUGUAAGAUGUAUCGUCAAAUUCUAAUUUUACCUGAAUUCCGCACUUACCAGCAUAUAUUGUGGCGUGAUUCACCGUUCGAUCAAGUAGUGGACUAUGAACUCAACACGGUAACAUAUGGGGUAAAUUGCGCCCCAUUUCUAGCGCUCCGCGUGUUACGAGCCAUAGCUGAUAGUGAUGGCAUGUCAUUUCCACGAGUUCGGGACGCGUUAUAUCACCAAACAUACGUAGAUGAUAUUUGCUAUGGGGCGGACACUAUCACUGAAGCAGUCGCAGUUCAGUCGGAAUUGAAUUUAGUUCUUGCGCGGUCGGGUCUUGAGCUACGUAAAUGGUCGAGUAAUACCCAUGCAAUAUUGCAUGCUAUGCCAGCUGAUCAUUGCGUCGUGAAAUCUAUGUCAUUCGCUGACGACGAUAGCAUAGGCACAAAAGUCCUCGGCAUACAUUGGCAUCCGAACGAUGACUAUUUUAGUUGUGAACUCCGUUUAGAAGGGUCGCCGACAUUCACGAAACGUGGCAUUUUAUCGUUAACGGCCCAAUUUUUUGACCCCUUAGGUUUUUUCGCUCCGGCGAUUUUUUUGGCUAAAUACAUUAUGCAACGCACAUGGCAGACAGCGUGUGAGUGGGAUGGCCCGUUGCCAUGCGACAUUCGCACCGAUUGGGCACAAUUCGUGUCUCAGUUGCCACAACUUUCGACCAUCCGCAUUCCGCGGUUUUGUAAUACUCCUCCGGGCACACCAUGUUUUUUAUAUGGAUUUUGCGACGCGUCGUUACGGGGAUACGCGGCUGUUGUCUAUUUGCGUGUAAUCAACGCACCCCGAGAUUCGUCUGUAUUUCUUGUCGGCACAAAAACUAAAUUAGCCCCAAUUAAACCUUUAACCGUGCCACGUUUGGAAUUGAACGCCGCCCUGUUGCUCAUUCGUUGGUUAAAUCGUGUAAAAGUGGCUUUAGGGGACCGCGUUAACAUUGUGGACACUUUUGCGUGGACAGAUUCGUUAGUGGUGCUAUCAUGGUUAACUAUCCCCCACGAAACUUUCAAACAAUAUGUGUCGAACCGGGUACAUCAAAUUCAAACCGUCCUGCCAAAUUGCCAUUGGAGAUAUGUGCCGUCAAUCGAUAACCCUGCCGAUUGCGCAUCACGUGGCUUGACGCCGUCGGAAUUGCCCCAAUUUAUGUUAUAUUGGCUCGGCCCACGGUUCAUUAAGGACCUUCCGAAUGAAUGGGGGAGGGAUAGGGAUCGUUUACCGUGCUCCGACUUGCCUGAAGUCCGAUCCAUCACCCUUUUAGUGCAAUCUAAAGACCCCCUGUCCGAGUGGUUUACGCGCUUUUCAUCAUACGAUAAUAUGAUUCGAGUAGUUGCCUGGAUGCGUCGGUUUUUACUAAAAAGCCGUCGCCGUUCUGAUGAGGUGACCCGUGUCCUCACGCGUGAUGAGCUCGAAGACGCAUUACGCACUAUUGUUCUUAGUUCACAACGUUCUUCUUUUGCCGAACUUCGCGGUGAGUUGCUCAAACAUACCUGCGUGUCUUCGAAGCCGAUCGCACGGCUAUGCCCGUUUAUCGAUGACCAGGGAGUCAUUCGCGUAGGAGGCCGCUUAAAAAAUUCUAAUUUACCUUUUGAUAGCAAACAUCCAAUUCUGUUAGCUAAAACAUCCUAUUUAUCGACGUUAGUCUGCCGACGGUGGCAUAAGUUAACGUGUCAUUCGGGGCCACGCGUUAUGUCCGCGAUGAUACGCCGACAGUUUUGGGUGGUGUCGCUUCGAUCUGUUAUUUACACCAUUUUAACACAAUGUACGGUGUGUGUUCGCCUUGACGGUCGUAACCCGCAACCACUGAUGGGCGAUUUACCCACAGCGCGCGUGCAGCAGUGCCGCGCUUUUACCCGGGUGGGCGUGGACUACGCGGGUCCAUUGUCGAUGCGCGAAUUACGGUUGCGCAAAUCGCGCACGUACAAGGUAUAUAUUGCGAUUUUUGUGUGCUUUGCCGUUAAAGCCGUCCACUUAGAACUCGUCUCGGAUUUAUCUACCGAGGCUUUCAUGGCAGCCUUUGAUCGGUUUGUGGCUAGACGCGGCAUGCCCAAUGAUGUAUUUUCGGAUUGUGGCACAAAUUUUGUAGGCGCCGCGCGACAACUACGUGAAUUAAUCAACAGCCCCCCAUCACAAGGCGUGAUUACUUCAACAGCCAUGUCGUGCUCGUGGCAUUUUAACCCCCCUGCGGCCCCUCAUUUUGGUGGGCUAUGGGAAGCCGCAGUACGCUCAGCAAAAAGGUUGUUGACCCGAGUUGUUGGGUCACACGUUUUGACAUAUGAGGAAUUUAGCACAGUCUUAUGUCGCGUAGAGGCCGUCCUAAAUUCGCGACCGCUAACUCCAGCUUCAUCUGAUCCGCAUGAUCUCGAGUGUUUAACACCUGGGCAUUUUCUCGUCGGUCAACCUCUACUCGCUGUGCCUCCUCGGUCACCCGCUUUCCCAAAUCGAUCUAUAAUUAGUCGAUGGAAAUUAUUAAAUCAGUGUCACCAGACCUUCUGGCACCGAUGGUCUGCCGAAUAUCUCCAUACGCUUCAAGCACGGGUUAAAUGGACGGAUAAUCGUCCCAAUGUCAAAAUUAAUGAUAUGGUAGUUAUACGGGACCCUCUGGCGCCGCCGUUAGAAUGGCGACUUGGUCGCAUUACUGGUGUCGAACCUGGGGCCGACGGAGUGGUCCGGGUUGUGCAUGUGUUGACAUCCCGUGGCGUUAUUACCCGUCCAGUAGUAAAAGUGAUAGUGCUUCCUAUCGCAGACAAUUAAUUUUCAACUGCAACUAUAUCUUAUAUUUUCUUUUAUUAUUAUCUAUUCCUGUUGGUCGCAUUGAUUACCUAUGAUGAUAUUCUAUGCAUGGACAUAAGUUCUUCCGCUUUACCGUACACCACGUUGAACCUCCCACGCUAUUUUGGCAUUUAAUAUUAUAUGAGCGCGACACUACACGCGGGGUGUUUGGUAAUGAAUUAUAUAAGUUAUAAGAUUUUGUAUUCUAAUUGUCAUAUUUAGAUAUAUUUAUUUUGUGUAAUU